CAUGUGACCAUUUUAUUUUUAAUAGUAUUUCUAGAUAGAGUCUAGAGAUCUAUAUAUUUUCAUUAGGCGUAGCUGUGUAACUCAGAUUCAGCUGAAAUUGAAGAAAUAAAUGGAUGCGUAAAGGAAGAAAAUAAUAAAAAUGGCCGAGGCAAAAGAAACAACACAUUUGCUGUCACAAAGCCCACCCCAUGAGCUGGAAAGUCAUAGAAAGAGCUCAUCAGCGGACAGUAGAGAUGACCACACCCCUACAACACUGUCAAGGUCAUCUAAAGAUAGCCCCAUCAAUGCAUCCGAUCAAGACUGCAUAACAGUGGUCCCUGAAGGGGGGAUUGUUGAGGAUGCUGAGGAGGGUUUCAACAGCUACCAAAAGACAAAAAAUGACAACUUUUUAAUCUCAGACAGGUCUAUGGUUGAAAGCACUACCAGCAAUAUGCAGACAUUGAUGCAUCUUUUGAAGGGUAAUAUUGGAACUGGUAUUUUAGCCUUACCCAUGGCUAUCAAGCAUGCUGGGUUAUGGACAGGAUUCUUUGGUUUGUUGUGUAUUAGUUUAAUAGCAGUCCACUGUAUGCACAUGCUAGUCAACUGCAGUCACAUCUUAUGUAAGAGAACUAGCAGCCUAGCAUUAGACUACGCUGAUGUCAUUGAAGUUGCACUGAAAACAGGACCGCAGAAAUUUCGCAAGUUUGCCAAGGCAGCCAGGAAUACUGUGAAUGGGUUUCUCAUAUUCACACAAUUUGGUUUCUGCUGUGUGUAUAUUGUAUUUGUUGCUGCAAAUAUAAAAGAAGUGAUUGUAGCUUUUGACAAAGAUUUCAGUGUGAGUGACCAGCUCCUUCAACUGGCUGUGACUGCCCUAAUGAUCCCUUAUGUUUGUGUUCGCAAUCUCCAACUUUUAGCUCCAUUUUCUGCAUUUGCUAAUGUUCUGACAGUCAUAGGUUUAAUCAUCACAUUCCAGUACAUUGUCCAAGAUCUGCCCAAUGUAUCAGAUCUCCCAAGUUUUAGCAACAUCCACGAGCUGCCAUUGUUCUUUGGUACAGCUGUCUUUGCUAUUGAAGGCAUCAGUUUAGUUCUGCCCCUUGAGAACAAGAUGAAACAUCCUGGUGACUUUGGGGGCUGGGUGGGUGUGUUAAACCUGGGCAUGGUCACCACAGUCUGCCUGUAUGCUGCUGUUGGUUUCUAUGGUUACCUACAUUUCGGAGAUGCCAUAGAGGCCAGCAUAACGCUCAGUCUCCCAAAGACGUCAUGGCUGUACCUGUCUGUGAAGCUCAUGUUUGCUGUGGCUAUUUUUAUCUCCUACAAUGUCCAGUUUUAUGUUCCCAUCAAAAUCUUGUGGCCAAAGAUCAAAUCCUGGAUUAGGCCUGAAUUUUUUCGCAAGAAGGGAGAGUACUUCUUCAGGAUCUUUAUGGUCCUAGUUACAUAUGGUUUUGCUGCGGCCAUCCCAAAGCUUGACCUCCUCAUCUCCCUGAUUGGAGCGUUUCUGAGCACAUCUCUGGCGCUGAUCCUGCCUGCUCUCAUUGAAGUGAUCACUUUGUCCGCGGACAGCGAGCAGCUGCCCUGGUACAUCGUGGUUAAAAAUAUCUGCAUUGGCUUGUUUGGUGUGCUGGGCUGCAUCACAGGAACCUACUCUUCCAUCAAUGAUAUCAUCAUUUCAUUUAGCAAUAGUACAUCCAGCUAGCUGUCCUGACCAACUUAUUCUAAAAGGUAUUUUAAAAGUCAAAUAUACUAAGAAUUUAAAAUCCCACAGCUCUUAAUAAUUUUAUUAAUAAAUACUGAAUCUUUCUAUAUUUUUUUUUUUCACUUUUAGAAAAUGUUUAAAAAAUUGACUCUAAAAACCCUGUUGUAUCUGUUGAAUUAAAUUUUAGACUUAAGCUGCUGGUUUUAGUUGACUGAUUAAAUAACAGAUGUUAAAUAACAACUUACCACUGGAAGUAAGUUGGUACAAAUCUGUAUUUACUACCGUUUAAAUGUUUAGUUGGCCGACAUGUUAAAACAGUUACAAAAUUGUUAUAACUCUGGGGUUGGCUUUUUCUAAUGUACAUUUGAUAUCACCUGUACAGUCGCUUCCCUGUGGGCUGUGAAUGUUGGGACUGGAAUUACUGGCCUGACUCACAGAAUGGAACAAAUUCCCAUGAUUUCCUGCUCAAUGUUUUCUACCUUUUAUGUUGUACAUCACAAGUCAUCACUUUUGACAAGUGAUGUUUUUGACAAGUGAUGUUUUUGACAAGUGAUGUUUUUGACAAGUGAUGUUUUUGACAAGUGAUGUUUUUGACAAGUGAUGUUUUUGACAAGUGAUGUUUUUGACAAGUGAUGUUUUUGACAAGUGAUGUUUUUGACAAGUGAUGUUUUUGACAAGUGAUGUUUUUGACAAGUGAUGUUUUUGACAAGUGAUGUUUUUGACAAGUGAUGUUUGAAGUGUAAAUGGAAAAUGAAUGUUAACUUAUUUACAUAUGACAUUUAAAAUGUCAAUUGGAUUUCUACACUUAAAGAAUUGAGAUUGUUUUUUAACACAUUUUCUUGUACAUAGCUCUCCUACUGCAGGCAUGUGUAUGUAUGCUUCGUGUGUAUGCUUCAUGUGUAUGCCUCAUGUGCAUUAAAUAGAACCAUGUACGUGUGUGUGCUGUCCAAUGCCUCUUGUAUGUAACAGAUGUGAGGGUCCACUUUAUUCCUGCUACCUGUUGGGCUCACUUGAUCUUUUGAAUCUUUUUUUGUACAUAUGUAUGUCAUGUAGGAUUUUGGCUAUUUAUCCAUAUAAUAAAUGUGUGAUUGUGGUAUUAUAUCAAGAGAAACAUGUGAUGUAUAAUAGUGGCAGUUAAUCCACACGAAUGACUGGAUGUUAAUCCAUGUGACCUAAUGCUCCAGACAAUGGCAGAGUUCAUGUUGCCAUCUAUUACAAUGUGUACAGAGUAUUUGAACCUAUUUGCAUCUAUUACAAUGUGUACUGAGUAUUUGAACCUAUUUGUGCCUUUUUUGAUUGUGUCAACUUCAGUUUUCAGAAGUUGACAAGUUUACAAUGUUGUCAUACCUAUACCUCCCCCCAUCCUUUUGAUGUUGAAUCCUGUCUUUCACCAGUCCUAUGUCAGGACCAAUGUCUGAUCUUUAUGUGCCAAUCUUGUUUCACUUGCUGUUGGGCAUUAACUAUCAAUUUGUUUUCCUGAAAACUUUGUCUUAAAACACUUGAUGUACAGGUAGUUUUUAGUUUACCUGGGUUCCAGUGAGGUAGAUUAACAAGAACAUUAGCCUGGGAGUGUUCCCAGCCCAACUGCAAGCAGGCUAUGACAAUGUAACUUGCUGGUCCCAUCAUGAACUGCUACCCUGGAGUCUACAUCCAGUACAUUUACUUUUCCUAUUGAGUCCAUUCAUUGUUUUUUGUUUAGCGUAAUGUAGUUAUACUUAACUUGCUUUUUAAAACUCCAACCAAUACAAAAUAAAAUUACAAUUUAAAAAAAAAAGUUAAAUCCUACCUUCACAGGGAAAUAACUGUUGCCUCACAUGAAGGCUGCCUGUGUUUUCUUACAAUUUAUUCAAUUUGGUGGCUGUACAGUGUAAUUUAGUCAUGCAUGGAUUAAUUAAUUCAUUAGUCUAGUAAUUAAUUCAUAAAAGUUUCUGUAAAUUAGCUGUUAAUCUCAUUUGGUUAAUGUUCUUUAUGAUAAUAUUUUGACUUUUUGAUUGGUUAAAUUUAAUUUCUCAUUGACUUGUGAUAAAACAAAAUUUCUCAUUUCUCUGUUCUUGAUUCUCGAAUGACAUUCCGUGGGGUAGAUUGGCUUAAUGAGUUAACAUUAUUUUAAGAAAGCAGCAUCUGGUUGUCUUAGUUUAGUUAAAUUUAAAUCCUUUUUAGAUGUGGUAUUAACAUGAAGAUUAAAACUAGUAUAUAUAUUGUAAAGAGCUUAGUAUUAACUUCUGAUUUAAAUUUAAUGUGAGAUUUUUUUGGUGUACAUUCUAUAUGGCUGUAAAUAGGGUGUGAAAUGUAAAUGAGCUAGUUAUAAAGUUUUAAACUGCUUGGCUUUGAAGGUGUAAUAGAUGCUAGAUUUGCUUGAUUAUGUGAUGUGUACACUAUUCAACAGAUUUUGUUUUAGUUUUAUAACGUUUUAUAUGCUGACUUUGAAAGUUAUAACAUUUGUUUUAUAACUUUUUAUAAGCUGAUUUUGAAAGUUAUAACAUUUGUUGUAUAACUUUGAUUUGAGUCACACUACAUUUACCCAUAAGUGCAGCUAUAGUAAAAUUUAGAGGGGGGGGGGGGGGUGGUACAAAAGUUAUAAUUUGGACUGUGUAGUGAAAUUUUUAUCUGGUGAGGUACAUUAAAAAAAGAUGGUUUUAAAGGUGGUGUGGGCAGUAAAAAUUGUUUAGAUCUGUAGAGGACAGUUUGAGUGAUGUUACUCUUGUGAUUUCAUCUUUAUAAUGUAAUCAAAUAGCUAGUAAGAAUAUAUAUUUAAAUAUGUGCUUUUUAUUUUGUUAUUUUACUCAUUCUGUAUCAAAUGAGAAAAAUGUUCCAGCAAAGCUUCCGGUGUCCUAUAAAAGUGAUUUACAUGUGUGUUUUGGUGUAUGAAGAUGGCAAAUUUAAAAUCUGGAAUGAAUGGCUUAUUUAAGAGGUACUUGAUGCACCGUUCUUGUCAAAUAAUAUGUCUUUAAACAAAAAUAAAGUCGCUAAUUUUUAAAGUUUGAAGUAAUUGUUUUGAUCUUUUGAUUGAGUAUAUAUUAACCAUUAGCAUAUUGAACAGCUACAGUUUGGGGCAUUAAUUGAAACCCAAUUAAACAAUUGGUUAUUAAAAAUGUAUUCUAAACAUAUA